GAUUUCCUCCUCUUUUGGCUGUGGUGAAUGGCAGCCAGUGGGAGGGUUGCGUCCCCUCAGCCUCGCUGACAUCCACAGCGAGAAGUGAUGCAGCGCGACUGAGACGCGCAGUUGAGGUGGAACAACGGGCAAAAAAAAAAAAAAAGCUGCGGCGAUCGGAUACACUUGUCUCCUCCAGUUUGGAGAGCUCCUCCACGAUUAAACUUCCAUCACCAGGUGUUGGUUGCUGCCCUGUGUGAAACUGAGGACCAUUUUCUGCUUCACUAGAUUACAGCAUGAAGCCUGACCCAGUUCUCUGACUAAAGACCGACGGCUGGACGCAGACCACUGAGGGCACAGAAGAUUGAAGCUUGAGGUGGCGUGGCCAUGGAUAGACGGAAAGCAUGCGUCCUGAUGGUGCUGUGGACCCUGGCCAACCUCAGCUCUCCGGGGUCUGGGCUCAGGGCACUGCGAAGGACUACAGGGGGGAGGAGGGGUUCCUCAGGGUUGACAGGAGAGGAUGCCAAUGGAGUACCACUCAGGCGCUCCAAACGAGGUUGGAUGUGGAACCAGUUCUUUUUGCUAGAAGAGUACACUGGGACAGACAUGCAGUAUGUUGGAAAGCUUCACUCCGAUUCAGACAGAGGAGACGGAAGUGUGAGGUACGUUCUCACUGGGGAGGGAGCGGGGACUCUCUUCAAGAUCGAUGAGAAAUCAGGGGACAUCCACGCCACCAAAAGGCUGGACCGAGAGGAGAAAGCCUACUAUAUCCUCCACGCCAAAGCUGUCAACAGCUUCACCAAUGAGGCACUGGAGGGCGAAUCCGAGUUCAUCAUCAAGAUCCACGACAUCAACGACAAUGAGCCGCGAUUCACCAAAGACCCCUACAUGGCUUGGGUCCCCGAGAUGUCAGACAUCGGCACCUCGGUAAUUCAGGUGACAGCUACCGACGCAGAUGAUGCCACAUAUGGGAACAGCGCCAGAGUAGUGUACAGCAUCCUGGAGGGUCAACCGUACUUCUCUGUGGACCCAGAAACCGGCCUGAUCAAGACGGCCCUGCCCGGGAUGAACAGAGAGAUCAAGGAGAACUACCAGGUUGUGAUCCAGGCUAAAGACAUGGCCGGACAGAUGGGCGGCCUUUCAGGAACCACGACGGUCAGCAUCACGCUGUCGGACGUGAACGACAACCCACCGCGCUUCACCAAGACCCUCUACGAGUUUAGGGUUCCCGAGUCUACGGAGUUGGGCUCUGCGGUGGGAGUGAUUCGAGCUAUGGACGCCGACAUCAGCGAGAACGCCGAAAUGGACUACAGGAUCAUUGGGAGCGACGGCCCCGGCAUGUUUGACAUCUCCACCAAUAGGAGCUCGCAGGAGGGCGUCGUCACACUGAGGAAGCCUCUAGACUUUGAGAGGAAGCGACAGUACAAUCUGCGCAUUCAAGUGGAAAACGUCCACAUCAACCCUCGCUUCUUUUCCAUGGGCCCCUUCAGAGAUGAAGCCACCAUCAAGAUCAUUGUGGAGGACAUGGACGAGCCACCGAUGUUUGAGCGUGCCAGCUACAUCAUGGAAGUCAAAGAAGACGCAGCCAGGAACACAGUCAUCGGGUCUGUCAGCGCGUCAGAUCCUGAUGACAAACGCAGUCCUGUUAGAUACUCCAUUGAUCGGCGUACAGACAUGGACAGAGUGUUCAACAUCCAUGCAGGUAACGGGUCAGUGUUCAUCCUCAGGGAGCUGGACAGAGAGGAGAACGCCUGGCACAACAUCUCCAUCAUCGCCACAGAGUUCAACAACCCGCGACAGAUCAGCCGCGUGCCCGUGUACAUCAGAGUGCUGGACGUCAAUGAUAACGCACCAACGUUUGCCACCAAUUACGAGACGUUUGUGUGUGAAAACGCUAAAGCAAAUCAGAGGAUCCACACAGUGAGUGCCAUGGAUCCCGAUGAGCCUCUCGGGGGUCAUCGGUUCUUCUUCAGCCUUGCACAGGAGGCUGCUGGGAAGGCAAACUUCUCGGUCCGUGACAACAAAGACAACACGGCCUGGAUCCUGACGCGGCGCAACAGCUACAGCAGCCUGCAGAAGAGCGUGUACCACGUGCCCGUGGUCAUUUCGGACGGAGAGUUCCCCAUGCAGAGCAGCACCAACACGCUAACCGUCAAAGUCUGCACCUGCGACCGCGAAGGCAAGAUGAAGCUGUGUAAUGCUGAGGCGUUGACGGCGAGGGCAGGGCUCAGCACAGGGGCGCUGGUGGCCAUCUUACUUUGCGUCAUCAUUCUGCUCAUGAUUGUGGUGCUGUUUGCAUCCUUGAGGAGACAGAGGAAGAAGGAGCCUCUGAUCAUCUCUAAAGAGGACGUCAGAGACAACGUCGUCAGCUACAACGACGAGGGGGGAGAGGAAGAUACGCAGGCCUUUGAUAGCACGCUUCGAAAUCCAGAGGCCAUAGAGGAGAGCAAGCAGCGGCGUGACAUCGUCCCCGAGACCUUCUACCCACCCGUCCGACGGCCCGUCCUCCCGCCUACUCGGGACAAUAACGGGGAUGUGAGGGACUUCAUCACCCAGAGGCUCCAGGACAACGACAGCGACCCCACAGCGCCGCCGUACGACUCCCUGGCCACCUACGCCUACGAGGGCAACGGCUCCGUGGCGGAGUCCCUCAGCUCGCUGGAUUCGGUGACCACCGAUGGCGAUCAGGACUACAACUACCUGAGUGAAUGGGGACCGCGGUUUAAGAAACUCGCAGACAUGUACGGGUGCGACGACAGCGACAGAGAUUCCUAACGAGAACCCAGGCGCACAGAAGCAAGAAACGACCUGGAAAUUAAACAGCGAUGUUAACUUUUGGGGAAAAUCUGGUGCAGAAGUGGCACGAGGAACAGAGAAAACAGUUUUUUUGUUUUUUUUAAAACCGCCACUGAUCGCUGCUCAUUUGUCCCUUCAGUGAACAAACGUAGGCUUUGUGUGUCCAGUGUUAGUCACAUUUUGGGGAGGGCACAGUGAUAAGAGACUGUUUGUUGAGACUUUUUUUUUUCCUCUCUGUGUAUACGAGGUGCUCUGAACACCUGAAUAUAUCUACACUGAAUUUUUUUGUUUGUUUGUUUCCUCCAAAGCUGCCUCUGAUGGACAUGAGCAGUUUCGACAACCAACAGAUAUGCCUAUGUAUUUUUCAGUGUUCCGGGGACAAUUACAA